AUGAAUUUUUUACCUUUAAAUAUUCAUUUUUAACUUGUUCUGUGCCUAGUUGCCACUUGAAGUCUGUACCUAGCAACAUUCAAAACCCUGUAGGCAGUGUUUGAGGCAGCUGCUGUCAUGAUAUCUGAGAAGUGGGUUUUGGCUCUUUUGCGGCUUUUGCUGCUACAGCUGUGCUGAACCUGUGGUGGACUCUGUGAGAAGAUCCUGGUGUGGCCCUGUGACAUAAGUCACUGGCUCAACAUAAAGAUCAUUCUGGAGGAACUCACAGUGAGCCAAGGAGUGAUGGUAUUGUCCCAUUCGCUCAUGUUUCUGGACCUAGCUAUUAAUAUCAUGCCAAACUUGUCAUUCUAGCAAUCAGUGAUAAAAUUGCAAAAAUUCCUUCUUCGAAUAACCAGAUGUACUAAAAUUCUGGGUGAAACUAUAGUCUGAAAUCAGACACUCAUGAAGAAACUCCGGGAAACAAACUACAAUGUAAUGAUUAUAGACCUUGUGGUGCCCUGUGGAGAAAUGGUAGCUGAGUUGCUUGCAGUCCCCUUUGUGUUUACACUAAGAUCCUGUAUGGGUGGCACAAAGAAGAAAAUCUGCAGGAAACUUCCAGUUUCACCUUCCUACAUGCCUGUUCACACGGUGGGACCAACAGGCAGAAUGACUUUUCUGGAAAGGGUUAAAAAUAUAAUGUUAUUUCUUGGCUUUGACAUGUGGAUUCAGAAAUAUGAUAUGCAUUUUAACAAGAAGUGGGAUCAGUUUUACAGUGAAGCAUUAGGAAAACCCACGACACUGUGUGAAUUGAUGGGGAAAGCUGAUAUGUGGCUGAUACGAACAUAUUGGGAUUUUGAAUUUCCUCACCCAUUCUUACUUAAUUUUGAAUUUGUGGGAGGACUCCACUGCAAACCCGCCAAACCUUUGCCUAAGGAAAUGGAAGAGUUUGUCCAGAGCUCUGGAGAAGAUGGUGUUGUGAUUUUCAGUUUGGGGUCAAUGGUCAAAAACCUUCCAGAAGAAGGGACUAACCUGAUUGCUUCAGACCUUGCCAGGAUUCCACAGAAGGUGCUGUGGCGAUAUGAUGGCAAGAAACCAGAUACCUUAGGACCCAAUACUUGGCUCUAUAAAUGGAUCCCCCAGAAUGACCUUCUUGGUCAUCCAAAGACCAAAGCUUUUAUAACUCAUGGUGGAACCAAUGGCAUCUAUGAGGCUGUCUACCAUGGUAUCCCUAUGGUGGGCAUUCCCUUGUUUGGGGAUCAACCUGAUAACAUAGUUCGCAUGAAGGCCAAGGGGGCAGCAGUGAGUCUGGACAUGAACACAAUAACAAGUACAGAUUUAUUCAAUGCUGUGAAGACAGUCAUCAAUGAUCCAGCCUAUAAAGAGAAUGCUAUGAGAUUAUCAGCCAUUCACCAUGAUCAGCCUGUUAAGCCCCUGGAUAAAGCUGUCUUCUGGAUCAAGUUUGUCAUGCACCACAAAGGAGCCAAGCACCUUCGCCCAGCCGCCCUCAGCCUCACCUGGUACCAGUACCACUCUUUGGAUGUUAUUGGGUUUCCACUGGCUUGUGUGGCAAUUGUUACUUUUCUUGUCAUAAAACGUUGCUUGUCUGGUUAUCGAAAGUGUUUUAAGACAGGAAAGAAGAAAAAGAGAGAAUAG